AUGGCUAGAGAUGCAGAGGUUCUGAGCCAGGCGAGCUUCAAGAAGGGCUUAGAGUGGAAUGGACAGCUUCCUCGAGCAGUCGAGGCGCUUGUCUAUAGUCUUAUUCACGCGCAAGCGCUGAAAGACGGUGAGGCACAAGCGGUGUGCUCUUGGGAUGGUGACCUCACAUAUACGGAGUUGGACUCGUUAUCUUCACGCUUAGGAAAUUAUCUGACAACGCAAGGAGUUGGUCCCGAAGUUAUUGUUCCUUUGUGUUUCGAAAAGUCCAAAUGGGCGAUUGUUGGUUUGUUAGCCGUUCUCAAGGCUGGCGGGGCAUUUCUUUUACUGGACCCUUCACAGCCGAUUGCUCGCUUGGAAUCCAUUGUCAGGCAGACAAACUCGAAAGUAGCCCUUUCCUCGGCCGAUUGUUUUGAUAUAUGUACGAAUCUAGUGAGCCAAGCAGUUGUGGUUGACAGUUCCUCUCUUUCUUCCCUGGGGCCUGGGAACGAGACCAAGGCUCCGACUACGGCUAGUCCUAACAAUGCGGCAUAUUACAUUUUCACCUCUGGAAGUACUGGAAACCCAAAAGGCGUUGCCAUUGAGAAUAUUUCGCUUUCCAAUACGGCAACCAACAUUGCUGAAAAGUUAGGAUAUCAAAGUGGAUCACGUGUGUUCCAAUUCGCAUCGUACGCUUUCGAUGCCUGUAUCACGGAUAUCUUUGCAACUCUGGCAUCUGGUGCUACGCUCUGUAUUCCAUCAGAAUGGGAACGAAACAAUGGCAUCGUUGAUGCGAUGCGGCGGAUGGAUGUUAAUAACGCGAAGUUCACUCCUUCGCUAGCGUCUAACCUCGCUUUCGAUGAAGUACCCACAUUCAGAACUUUAGUUCUUGGGGGAGAGAGCUGCCCUCCGUCACUCCUAGAGAGGUGGUCCAAGAAGCUCCGAACGAUUCUGGUAUACGGACCGACGGAAUGUUGUGUUAUUUGCUUCACAGCUGAUGCGAGCCAACGUAGGCUAGUCGCUGGAGAGAUUGGAAAGCCAGUGGGCUCCCGUGGGUGGAUUGUAAAACAAGACAACUACAACCAACUUGCGGAAAUCGGAGAAACGGGCGAACUACUAAUUGAGGGUCCAUUGGUCGGUAGAGGGUACUUGAAUGAUCCGGCAAAAACCAGUCAACAGUUCAUUCAGAAUCCCUUGUGGAUGGUUGGACACCAAAAGCAAAGUCGGAUGUAUCGAACGGGAGACUUGGCUUCUUAUCUGGAUGAUGGUCGAGUUUGCUAUGCUGGCAGGAUCGACAAUCAAGUCAAAAUCCGAGGUCAAAGAUUAGAAUUGGAAGAGGUGGAGAAGAAUCUUCACGACACUCUGUCAGAAAUUGUCAAGCCAGGUUCGAAAAGAGUCGUUGUCGAUGCAGUGGCGUUUUCUGGAUUGAUAAGUAAACAGCUUAUCGCGUUCAUUUGCCUGGAUGAAAAUGAGGACAUUGGUUCAUUGGACUGGGCGGUGAAAGAUGGGCCGGAACUGAUGACCUCGAGCGCCGAACAAGAUCGAUUUUCUACUAUGGUAUCGGAACUCGAAGAAAAGAUGAAAACCUUGUUACCGAUCUACGCAGUUCCCACAGUCUGGGUUCCACUCAAGACUGUUCCAUUUACGAUAUCUCGAAAAGCCGAUAGAAGAAGACUUCGGAAUAUCGUUUCAGAACUUACGGUUAAGGAACUUGGGAUAUUCAUCAACAGGAAGAGAGAUGCAUCUGCGACUGAACUGAAACUGAGUCCAAAAGGAGUAAAACUUCAAGCGCUUUGGGCAGAUGUCUUUAAAGUAGACCCUUCAGAGAUCGAACCAGAUGACAACUUCUUCUCCCUCGGCGGCGACUCUGUCAUGGCAAUCAAAUUAAUCGCGGCGGCAAGAGCUAAUGGCUUUGACUUGAGUCUUGAUAUUGUUUUCAAAUCUCCCAUCUUGUACGACAUGUCGGUCGUCACCAAAGAUCUCGUCAUACGGGAAGAAGACUUGGCGGCAAUUCCUCCUUUCAAACUAUUGAGUAAAGCCGAUGUAAAUAUGGUGUGUCGGGAGGCCAGCAAAGCUUGUUCAAUACCGCGAGAACUCAUCGAGGAUAUAUAUCCCUGCUCUCCAAUGCAGGAAGGGCUUUUGGCUCUCUCUAUGAAAGAUCCUGGGACAUACAUCUUGCAGUUCGUUUAUCAAAUGCCAGAGUCGGUCGAUCUAGAUCGCCUGAGAUCUUCUUGGGAAGCUGUCGCAAAGCAUGCUCAGGUUUUGAGAACCAGAUUCUUCGAUUGCAAUUCGGAUCUGCAUCAGGUAGUUGUUAAUAAACCGCUCAAUUGGGGAAUCGUAGAUGGUGAUUUGGACAAGUUCUUCUCAGCGGAGAAGGAACGAGGAUUGAAGUUUGGAGAACCAAUGUCUCGGCACACCGUUUUACGACAGUAUCACAAGGGCAAAACGGACUUCUUUCUGAUCUGGACUAUUCAUCACGCGCUUGUGGACGGAUGGUCAGAAUCGGAUAUCACCACCGCGGUAGAGCAAGAAUAUUUGGGCAAGAGUUCCGAGAUAUCCAAAGCUCCGCAGUACAACAAAUUCAUCAACUAUAUCAGCCAACAGAACCAGGAAUCGGGACGACAGUUCUGGAAACAGCAAUUGGAGGAUGCGCCUGCACCAGUCUUCCCACCAUUACCAAGCUCAUCUUACGUUCCCAAAGUCGAGCGAUCAAAUCGAAUAGACCAUCACCUUGACGAGCACGCAGAAGCAGAGCUGAAGUACAAUGUUCCAUCCUUCAAGAAAGGUUCUGUAACAGCUGCAACCAUGAUUCAAGCUGCAUGGCUUAUUCUCCUCGGAAUAUACUCAGACACUUCAGAUGUAGUUACAGGCUUGACAUUGAACGGUCGAGCAGCACAACUCCCAAGAAUCGAUUCAAUUCCCGGCCCAACCGUAACCACAAUCCCGUUUCGCGCACGUCUUUCACCUGAUCAAAAACUGUCCGAACUCCUCCAAAACACACAAGAUCAAUACCUGUCCAUCCUCCCCUUUUCCCAAUUCGGUCUCCAUAACAUAAGGCGACUAAGCGACGGCGCCAUCGCAGCCUGUAAAUUCCGCACCCUUCUCGUAGUCCAAUCCGCCAACAACUCAAAAGACUCGCGCCAGUUACUCCUCGGUAGAAGUUACUUCUUCCCCGUCAUGGAUUUCGCGCUGGUGAUGGAGUGCGAACUCCAAGGUGACACAAUUGAUUUCCGGGCGACGUUCGAUCAUCAGAUUUUGAGGGAGGAGGAGGUGAGGAGGAUCUUUCAGCAGAUGGCGGAUAUUUUGAGGAGAAUGUCGGUUGGGGAUGAGGAUAUGAGGAUUGGGGAGUUGAUGAGGAUUUCGGAGGGGGAUAGGGAACAGAUUGGGAAGUGGAAUUCUGUCAAGGGUGAAGAGAAACAACUGGAGUGGUUGGUCGAUCCUGAGGAUGUGGAUAGUUUGACUCCUAUUGGUGGUGUUGGUGAGGUCUUGGUAGGGACUACUGAGCCUGGAGCUCAGCACCCCGACGUUGGGUUGGAAGCAAAGAACUUUGUCGAGGUUCCUACCUGGUAUCAGAAUCAAAGCGAGCAACCAGCGCGGAAGUUCUACAAGACUGGCGUUCUAGCUAAAUAUUCUUGGGAUGGUGUCAUAUCUCCUAUCGGUCGCAAAGACGACCUUGUUGAGAUUCAAGGGCAACGUGUCGAUAUCACGGAAAUCGAGGCUCAUAUCAAAGAAGCGAUUCCAUCCUCUUGGCAAUGGUCGCCAGCUCAAUUUGCUGUCACCGCUGUAUCUGAUGGGGAAGGCAGCAAAGUGCUCGCUGUAUUUUUCGUUGCUGGGGAUGAAAGCAGUCAUGGGAGCGAUGAAGAUGUUAUUUUAAUGGGGACCUCAAAAAGGUUGGGGCUGUUUCAUGAAAUGGUAGAGGAGGUAGAUGCUGAACUACAUCAAAAGCUUCCGGAGCAUAAAGUUCCUUUCUUGUACAUUCCAGUUCAAAGACUACCACUCUCCGACUCCAAAGUUCUCGAUCGAAAGUCACUAGUGGCAGUGGCCUCAAAACUUUUACCUGCUCAGCUCUCAAGAUUCCGAAUCAAAAGAGCAACCACAAGCAACUCACAGCCUCCCUCGACUCCCAUUGAAAAGCGAAUUCACAAGAUCUGGAUGGAUCUUUUAGACGUGGACCAAAUCGGCGUAGAAGACAAUUUCUUCCAUCUGGGUGGCGGCAGUGUCUUGGCCAUGCGUCUCGUAUCCAUGGCACGACGAGAUGGCAUGACCAUGACAGUUAGUGGAAUAUUCAAAACACCGGUACUACGCGAACUAGCUCUCACCGUACAGGAGAAUGGCGAAGAAGAGGAAAUUGCGCCCUUCUCGUUGAUUGAAGAUCUAGACGUCGCAGAGCAGAAAAAGGAAGCAGCAUCUCAAUGUAGGAUUACAGAGGACAAAAUCGAGGACCUAUAUCCAUGUUCCGCUAUGCAACUUCACUAUAUCACUGGAUAUCCAGGUGCUAACAAGACGAUCUACGAUCCUUGGGAUUGGCAGUCUCAAGCUACAUACACACUUCCACCGACUCUGGAUCUCGACCGCUUUGUCGCAGCGUGGAACAUCGCUAUCAAACGUCACGGAACAUUACGCACAAUGAUUGUAGACACAAAGUCUGGAAUCCUUCAAGUCGUCCUCACCGAGCCUAAAUCACCAGUCUGGCACUACGCAAAAAACCUCGACCAGUACAUCGCAGACGACAAAGCAAAUCCAAUGGGUUUCGGUGUUUCUCUCCUUCGCUUAGGUAUAAUCACAACACCAGGAAGCUCGCAAAGACACUUCAUCAUGACAAUCCACCACACCAUCUACGACGCCUUCGCCCGUAGCAUGCUCUUCGCCGAAAUCGAAUCCAUCUACACCACCUCCUCCCUACCUCUGGGACCAACCCCAAAAAUGUCCGCCUUUAUAAAAUACAUAACCACCACACCCAAAACCGCCGCUCUCUCCUUCUGGUCCCACCAUCUCGGCAACCUAACAACCACACCCCUCCUCACCCCCAUCCCCUCCCCCCUCCCCCUCAUAAUCCACGAACACACCCUCACCACCCCCUUCCCGCCAUCCACCCCCAACCUCCCCACCUUCCUCGAACUCUCCGCCGCCAUAACACUCUCCCACCACCUCUCCCACCCAACAAUAAUCCUCUACUCCGACCGCUCAGGCCGGAACCUCCCCGUCCCAUCCCUCCCAGACCUAAUAGGUCCCACAACGCUCUUCCUCCCAAUCCCCUACACCAUCACGCCCACCUCCAGCAUCCCCUCCCUCCUCGCCUCCUCACGCACCUUCCAAACAGCCCUGCUCCCCCACGAACACCUCGGGUUCUGCGAACUCCUCACCCUCCCCCCUUUCACCGCAAUCCUAAAGAACGCGAUAAACAUGAAUAUAAAUCCGCACCGCAUGGCGGGGAUGGGAAAGGGGCUGGGGAUGGAGUAUGAGGGGAGUCAGACGAAUUGCGAUGAUCCGUUUGGGAUUAAUGUGGAUGUUGAUGCUGAGGCGGGGGUUUUGGAGUGGUGUGUUUAUUUUGAUGAGCGGUUUAUUAGCCGGGGGGUGGUAGAGGGGUUGUUGGGGGAUGUGGUUAGGGUUUUUGGGAGGUUGGUUGGGGGAGGGGUGGGGAGGGUGGAGGAGCUUUGGGGGUAG